UGCGUCAAUGACCAAAAUUUCAUAGUUUUUGCUGGUCAUACUACCUUAUCCGUGAAAAUUAAAAAUAUUAUUAAGGAAAGCUCAAUUUUUUAUACAGAAUCAUUUUUAAUUAGGUUAAUUAAAAUAUAUUCAACUGAAAAAUGUCAGGAGAUAUGAAUAUGCAAGCUGAAAAGCAAGAGUCAGGACCUGUAUAUGGAGGUUGCGAAGGACCGGAUGCCAUGUACGUCAAGUUAGUCAGUAGCGAUGGUCAUGAAUUUAUUGUUAAACGGGAACAUGCUUUAACUAGCGGUACGAUCAAAGCCAUGUUAAGUGGACCUGGUCAGUUUGCAGAGAACGAGGCUAAUGAAGUUAACUUUCGUGAAAUACCAUCGCAUGUGUUACAAAAAGUUUGUAUGUAUUUCACGUACAAAGUCCGAUACACAAACAGCAGUACAGAAAUUCCAGAAUUUCCAAUUGCUCCAGAAAUAGCUUUGGAACUUUUAAUGGCUGGAAAUUUCUUAGACUGCUAAACAUAAAUGCAUUGAAUUUGCUGUUUGGAGGCUUAGCAAGAAUUGAAAGAAAUGCAAGAGAUCUAUGUUUACUUAGGGUUUGUUAUAUGAUCUUUAAUGAGAAAAAUGGAUAUCCCUUGGUGAUAAAACUGUUUAUCAUAAAGUAAAGCUCAGGCUUAAUUCAUUUUUCUAAUACUAUGGAUAAAUAUGGACUUAGGUAGGUGCGGUUUCUCACCUCAUUGAUAAAGAUCUAGAUUGAUAACUAACGAGAGAUUAUAGUCUGUUGUCAUAUGAACCUGAAUUCUGAAGAAGCAGCCAAAUAUAAAGCUGCGAAAAAUCUAUUUGCUGGCUAUACAACAACUUCACAUCGUAUAAUUAUUAUAAAUACAUACUAUAGGUCGUUAAAAACAUUUCCACUGAUGAAACUAAAAAGCAAUUUAAUUAACAAAAAUAUGAGUUUUUACUAAAACGUAAAAUAGCCGCGUUAAUACACUUUAUUGUUCAAUUAAACAACUUUAGUUAAUAAAGCUUUUAAAAUGUUAAAUAGAAUAUUCAAAUUUUUAUUUAACAGUACUUCCUUUCAGAAAGGAUUGUAGUUAAAUUUUUUGUGCUAAAAAAAAAUAAUAAAUUUUGUAUGUACUUUUGAAAAUGGAAGUAAUUUAUAAUGUAACAAAUGGUUAGUUUUUUUUUACCAAACAGAGGAUAUAUGCAGCACCACUUUCAUUGUUAUACGUUACUUAAAAAUUUAUUAAUCGAAUGUUUUCGUAAGUUGAUUUAUAACAAAUUAUUCGAUACAAACUACCUGUUUAACCUUAUUUAUUAA